CGAAGUUGAAUAUAAAAUUAAGAUAAACAAAACAAAAAGGAAAAAAUGGUUUUAUUUUGGUUUGUCAUUUUCUGUUCACUUGGAAGCAUAUUUGCAGAAGACUGUCCAUGCUGUGAAAAUUGUACAAUUACUGCAACAACAGAUGCAGCAACAACAACAGAACAAAUAACAACAGCAACAACAUUUGCACAAACAACAACAACAUGUGUGAUGUGCGGUAAAGGGCUUUAUCUCGAUGGUGAUGCAUGUCAACCUUGUAGAGCAGGAUACUUUUGCCCAGACAACUACAAUGAAGAGAUAUUAUGUAGUGACGGGCAUUACACCAACACAACAGGACAAGCUUCGUGUAUUUUAUGCCCAGAAGGUCACAUGUGUAUUUCAGCACUAAAUGUAUCUGUAGGGCAAACUACACACCCUAUACCUUGCCCUCUUGGACAGUUUGCGAAACAGGGUGACGGAAUAUGUUCAGUGUGUCCGCAAGGUUAUUUUGCCAACUCAACUGCCCAAGAGAUCUGCGAAUUAUGCCCAGCAGGCCACCAAUGCCAGAAUAGCUCUUUGAGUCCAGUACCCUGUCCCGAAGGCUCAUUUUCACUCUCUGGCUCCAUCACAUGCACUGUAUGUUCAUUGGGAUAUUACAGCAACAAUACGGGUUCCUCUGCAUGCCAGCCCUGCCCAAGGGGUUACAUGUGCCCCAACCCGUCUAGUGACCCCCAGGCAUGCCCAGCUGGGUCCAUAUCCUUAGGGGUCACAGACACCUGCCUACCAUGCCCACCAGGCCACUACACAAUUGAAACUGCAGGCUCCUAUUGCUUACACUGCCCUGCUGGCUCAAAAUGCAACAGCACAAACCAAGAACCUAGUCUUUGUGAAGCAGGCACUUACUCUAGCAACAGAUCUACCGAAUGUUCAUCCUGUUCUGUUGGAUUUUAUGCUAAUUUCACAGGCGCAACUGAAUGCUUACAAUGUGAAACUGGCUACAAAUGCCCUGACGCAGCUAGCAGUCCUAUACAGUGCAAUACUGGCAUGUAUUCUACUGAUGGCGCCACAGACUGCCUACCUUGCCAAGUAGGGUAUUAUAACGACAAAAAAGGCCAGUCCACAUGUAAUGAAUGUCCAAGUGGUCAUUAUUGUCCGAAUGGUUCAAGUUCCCCAGAAAAAUGUCCUGCUGGUACAUUUUCUCUAUCUCUAUCAACAGAAUGCACUGACUGUCCAUUGGGCCAUUACAAUACAUUACCUGGAUCUCAAAACUGCUCUGAAUGCCCACCUGGCUUUAGCUGUUCAAAUUCAACCACUGUAACCCCAUGUAUUGGUGGUACAUACUCAACUGGAUUGCAAACUGAAUGCACACAAUGCGAAUCUGGCUACUAUGCUGUGGGAAACAGCUCAAAGCAAUGUCUACAAUGUCCCGAAGGCCACUCAUGCUCUGACCCUACUUUAGCUCCAAUUAAAUGCUCUGCAGGGACCUUUUCUACACCAUGUUCAAUUGAAUGUGAAAUGUGUCCGAUGGGUUUUUACUCUGCACAACAUGGGUCCCAAAACUGUACAAUCUGCCCAGCUGGGUCCCAAUGCAAAAACGCUUCCAACACAGUCCUAUGCCAAUCUGGCAGUUACAGUAAUGCAGCAUCCACUAUUUGCACUGAAUGCUCUGCUGGGUAUUACACCACUUCAACAGGCAGUACAUCAUGCAUGGAAUGUCCUGAAGGCCAUGCUUGUCCUAUGAUUGACAGUGACCCUGUUAUAUGCACUGCUGGCAAUGUUAGUUUAGCAAGAGCAGUUUCAUGCACACCAUGCAUAGCUGGCCAUACUUAUGUGGAUAUACCAGGUCAGUCUACAUGUCUGCCUUGUCCAGAUGGUUAUAUGUGUAAUGACCCAUCAGUAGCACCCAAUAACCAGUCUUGCAUGGCUGGAUGGUACGGCACCAAUGGCAACACUUGUAGAAGGUGUCCACCUGGAAGAUACAGCAAUGUAACUGGAUCUCUAAGCUGUGACUUAUGCCCAGCUGGAACAUUUUGCCCAGUUGAAGGAAGCGUGUCUUAUCUCACUUGUCAAGCUGGUAGUUUCAGUGUUGCCGGAUCCACAAACUGCACCCAGUGUUUCCCAGGAUAUUUUCAAACCAUGGAGAUGCAAGAUUCCUGUCAACUUUGCCCAUCAGGCUACAGUUGUUCAAACCCAUCAUCAAACCCAACCCAAUGCCAAGCAGGUAGUUUUGCCACAAAUGGUUCUACCAUAUGUACACCUUGUAAUGCAGGCACAUAUCAGGACCUACCUGGCCAAGCUGGUUGUAAAAAUUGCCCAGCAGGCUACAAGUGUCCAGGCAGUGGUACAGUGAGCCCUAUAAUUUGUUCCAAUGGUACAGUUUCAACAUCUGGUCUGUCUGAAUGCUUCCUAUGCAAUUAUGGCUGGUAUGCGGCAGCUGAAGGCUUGACCAACUGCACAGCAUGUCUAGUGGGUCACUACUGCCCUUCACCCAACCUGCCUCCCAUACCCUGUCAGUCUGGCUACGUGGCUUCUGUUGAGGGUCUUAUGGAGUGCUCACUGUGCAACGCCGGGUCCUACUCCGCGCACAAUGGUUCCACUGUGUGCCAAAGCUGCCCGGUGGGCCAUGAGUGUCCAGAUGGGGCCACUGAACCAUCUAAGUGCUUUCCGGGCUCCUAUGCAGACACCAAUGACACAGUUCAAUGCAAAGCAUGUGAGACCGGCACCUACAAUACUGACUUCACGUCCACACAAUGUUCUCCAUGUCCUGCUGGUCACAGCUGUAUUGCUACUAAUGUAGAACCUCAAGCAUGCUUAGCUGGAACAUACAGUGCUGUGGGAUCUACAGUCUGCAUAGGUUGUAGUUCUGGCACAUACACUACUACCAAUAGCAGUUCAUCAUGUACAGUUUGUCCCAAGGACCACACAUGCGUAUUCCCUACAGCACAGCCUGAACCAUGCACAUUGGGAAUGUACAGUCCACCUGGUUCAACCAUAUGCUACACUGCUGCACAAGGAACCAUUUAUGACCCAGUGACUGGAUUAUCAACUGCAUGCUCACCAGGAUCCUACUUAUUUAACUCCACUUCAUGCGAGGCAUGCCCCAAAGGGUUUUCAUGUUCUGGUAGUACAGCACCCCCCCAACAGUGCGUGAAUAGCACAUAUCAAGACAGUGAAGGGAAAUCUACAUGCAUUCCAUGCCCAGCAGGGCAAAGUUGUCUUGAUCCUGCUGCUACCCCUGUUGAUUGUAUUGCUGGUCAAUUCAGUGCACAAGGUUCUAUAAUAUGCACACCUUGUAAAAGUGGUCACUACAGCUCAUCUAAUGCAAGUUAUUGCAACCCGUGUCCUGCUGGUUCAUCAUGUCCUGGAGGUACUUCAGCUGUUGAUUGUCCUUCUGGAACAUUCUCUUUGGAAGCAGAUGGCUCGUGCACAAGUUGUAAAAACGGCACCACAACCGAUGGAAACCCAGGACAAUCAUACUGUCAAGAUUGCCCUGCAGGAAACGAAUGCCUAGACCCAACAGCAGGACCUAACCCAUGCUCAACUGGCACGUACAGCCACAAAGGAGACGGUGAAUGCUUUACUUGCCCACCUGGAACAUACUGUGCAGAUCCUGCUGCUGAACCUUUAGUUUGUCCUACUGGUACUUAUUCUCUUGGUGGUAGUGGUUCAUCAUGCAUUGACUGCCCAGCUGGUCAAUCUUGUAUAGAAGUUGAUAAAACACCCGUUAACUGUGUGACUGGUGAAUACUCUCUUCUGCGUGAUGGAAAUUGUAAGCCUUGCCCUGCUGGCCAAUCAUGUGCUACUACAGCUUCUACACCAGUUACUUGCACUGGUACUGGUGUGUUCAGUUUGGAAGGAAAUGAUACAUGUUAUGCAUGCCCAUCUGGCUACAUCUGUACUGACCCUGCAGCAGCUCCACUUAAAUGUGCAAUUGGUUCAACUACUGAAGGAAAAACAGGCCAAACAACUUGUACACCAUGCCCAGCUGGUUCAACAUGCCUUGACCCAACAACUAGUCCAUCGGUAUGUCCUACUGGUUCCUACAUACCAGCUGGUAGUAUUAACUGUGAACCAUGCCCUGCAGGUGCUAGUUGUGAAGGGGGUACUGUGGUACCUUGUACACCAGGUACAUAUGCAAUCUUAGGUGAUGGGAUAUGUAGUGCAUGUCCUGCUGGGAAUGCAUGUCCAUAUACAAACCAAGGCCCAAUUAUCAACUGUGAAGCAGGGUCCUUCUCCUUUGAAAACCAGACGUCAUGCACUCCGUGUCCAGCUGGCUUCUCAUGCCCGGACACUACAACUGACACCAAAGUUCCGUGUGCCACUGGUACUUACUCGUUUGGCGGGAGCGCAACUUGCACGAGUUGCACGGCGGGCACGAUGUGUCCGAGCACUGAUGGAAGUGGAAAUGUGCCGUGUAUGCCGGGCACAUAUUCAUUGUCGAAUGCAACAAAGUGUGAGUCAUGCCCAGCAGGCCAGGCAUGCCCAUAUACUAACAGUGAUACUAUGGUCACAUGUGAAGAUGGUACUUUCUCAGGGCCUGACCAAACUACGUGCACAACCUGCCCAGCUGGUUACGAAUGCCUUACUUUUAAUACAGCUGAUGGUGGGGCAACUGCAUGUGCAUCAGGAUCAUACAGCACCACUGGUGUGGCUACAUGUACAGAUUGCCUGCCUGGUUACGCUUGUCCAACCAUAUUUGUUCCCAUAAUUAUAACAUGCCCUGCUGGUACCUACUCUAUAGCCAAGCAAAUGGCUUGCACACCGUGUCCAGCUGGUGAAUAUUGUUCAACAACAGUCGUAACAUCGGGAACCCCAUGUGACCCUGGUUCCUACAGUUUAGGACGACAGACUGAAUGCACUCCGUGUCCUUCUGGAUUUGAUUGCAUUACAAACCCAGCUGUUUACCCAACACCUUGUACAGCAGGUACAUAUUCCACAGCAGCUAGUACAACAGGGUGUGUAACAUGUGAUGCUGGUUAUUUAUGUGGUGAAGCAAGUACUUCACCUACCCCUGUUAGUGGAUUAUGCCCAAUAGGUUAUUACUGUACUGCCGGUGCCAUUACUGCUACUGAAUGUGCUGCUGGUACUUAUGGAUCAAGAGAAGGUUUAACCUCAGCAACAGGCACUGAUGGGUGCACAGACUGUCCUGCAGGUUACUUCUGCCUUGCUGCAACAGAAGGCGUUCCUGGCGUCAACAACCUCUGUCCACGAGGUGCUUACUGCGUAGCUGGAACACAGACUGCUAAUGAAAAUCGAUGCCCAGCAGGCACCUAUGGGCCCUAUCCUGGCCAGGAAGAUGUAAAUGGCUGUAAGGAGUGCCCAGAAGGCCGGUCGUGCCCAAGUGGAUGCUCUGAACCUGGUGUCCCAUGUCCGCGCGGCCAUUACUGUGGUCCAGGUACAGGUGUUAUAGGAGGUCCAUCUCCCCCUACACCAUGUGUUGCUGGUACAUACACUGCAGAAGAAGGGGCACGAACUGCAGAUGCGUGCGUUGCAUGUCCUGCUGGUUAUUACUGCACACAAGGAACUGCCAACCCUACAGCGUGCGCACCAGGCACAUUUCAACCUAAUGUUGGCCAGUCAGACCCGAACAGCUGCAUACAGUGCACAGCAGGCACAGCGUGCACACAAUCUGCACUAAAGGGGCCAGACAAGUCCUGUGACCCAGGGCACUUUUGCCCAGAGGGGACAUCACUUUCCAACACCAACCCGUGCCCAAACGGAACUUUUACAGAUUUUUACAACCUUACUUCAGCUGACCAGUGUGAAACUUGCCCUGUUAGAUUUUCCUGCCCUGCUGGUACUGGAGGCACCAACCAGGCCCCCUUAAAAUGCGCCCCAGGAUAUUACUGCCCCAACGGGACCCAGUACCCCACCCAAUUCCCCUGCCCCGCUGGGUCAUACUCCAACAAAACUAACCUAGCAUGGCUGGAUGAAUGCUGGAUUUGUCCCAAGGGUUCAUGGUGUGUGAAUGGUAGCACACAACCUCAAGGGCCUUGCCCUGCAGGAUACUACUGCCCUGCAGGCACACAGUACGCCACGCAGUACCCGUGCUCCUCUGGUUCAUUCUCCAACCAGACAGGUAUCGUAAGAUGGGAAGAUUGCGAUGAUUGCUUGCAAGGUUCAUUCUGUGCAGAAGGUUCAAGUACGCCCAUGUUGUGCCCUCCUGGGACAUACAAUAACGUAUCUGGAUCUGAUGGUCCUGAAGACUGUGCAUCAUGCGUGGCAGGUUUCUACUGCCCUGAUAAUGGAACUGCUGACCCUGUUAGCUGUGGGAAAGGCCAAUAUUCUGACUACGGAGCCUCAAAAUGUGAAAUUUGUCCAGCUGGUAGAUAUUGCGAUGAAGACAGUCUGCCUGCUUAUUCUUUACCAAAUAAAGUAUGUCCAUCUGGCAUGCAUUGUCCUGAAGGCAGCACCCAAGCACCAAACUUAUACAAUAACUCAUGCCCUGCUGGCUUCUACUGUCUGUUGGGUAGUACGAAUGCAUACCCUGUACCAUGUCCAGUGGGAACCUACAGUGACCAGACAGGUCUUAAAACAGAAUCUGAUUGUGUGCAGUGUACUGAAGGAUAUUAUUGCGACGUUACCAAUUUAACAGCCCCGGCGGGCCCUUGCCCCAGCGGUUACUACUGUACAGCAGGCACUGGUGCAUCAAACACCCACCCCUGUGACCCUGGUACUUUCCUCAAUGGUACAUCAGCUAUUUCAUCGAUAAGUUGUACUGAGUGUUUAUCUGGGUAUUAUUGUCCGAACCCUGGAACCGCUGAACCACUACCUUGCCCAGUGGGCUUCUACUGCACUCCAGGCCGUGUUGACGCAGAACCAUGCCCAGCAGGGACAUACAGCAAUCGUACGAACGUUAAAAGUGAUCUUGAAUGCACCUUAUGCCUUGGUGGUUACUACUGUAUGGGUGUUGGCAACUCAGAAGUUACAGGCCCUUGUGAUGCUGGUUAUUACUGCAUAGAAGGAGCAACUAAUCCAACCCCCACAGAUGGAUCAACAGGUGGCAACUGCACAGCAGGGGGUUACUGCCCUUCCGGGGUCAAAUGGCCCCAACCAUGCGAACCAGGAACAUACUCAGAAUCAGAAGGAGCUAAAAGUCAAAGCAACUGUGUGGCGUGCCCUGCUGGUAAAUUCUGUUCUGGCACAAACUCUAUUGGAGUGACAGGAGACUGCUCCCCUGGUUAUUACUGUCCCGGUGGUGCAAGCACACCAACACAGAUGGUUGCACAGCCUGGUUAUUAUGCACCAGCAGGGGCUAAAGACCAAACAAGAUGCAACUGCAGCACAUACAGUCCAGGCAACCACUCCGCUUCAUGUGACACCUGCCCCCCUGGUCAGUUUUGUAACGAGACUGGCAUGUCAUUCACACACCCAUGCCCCCCUGGUAGUUACUGCCCUGCUGGCUCUACUAACCCAACGCCUUGUCUUGAGGGUACAUACAACAGCGUACCAGGAGCUACUGAUGAUACUUUCUGUAAUCCAUGUGAAGAGGGAUAUUAUUGUAGUCAGGUUGGAUUAGCUGCCAGUGAGGCACAGUGCUUAGCAGGGUACUGGUGUGGACAAGGUUCCAUUACAGGCACUCCUAAUGGUACGUUACCAACUGGAGGUCCAUGUCCUGCUGGUUCUUAUUGUGAAAUGGGGGAAGCAAGCCCUCUUGGAAAAUUGUGUGAUCCAGGCACAUACAACAACGUCACGCAUGGCAACUCAUCAAGUUUCUGCUUACCAUGCAUAGCAGGCAGGACGUGUCCUUUACCAGGAAUGUCUGAACCAUCUGGAUACUGUGAACCAGGCUACUACUGCAAAGAAGGAGCCACUGCCCCCUUCCCCACUGACCUACCAUCGAGCUGGGGGUUUGAAUGUGAAGCAGGCUACUACUGUCCCGAAGGCAGUGGUUACCCUAAACCAUGCCCCCCAGGAAACUAUACAGAAACUAAACUACAAUCAUCAUGUGCUGAGUGCCCUGCAGGGUACCAGUGUAUAGGAAUUGCAAACAAGACGUUAUGCCCUGUUGGAAUGUAUUGUCCCCCUGGUACAGGACUUGAUCCAGGCAGAUGUCCAACGGGAACAUAUUACGACGUAGAAGGGGCAGAAUCUAUUAGUGAUUGUAAAGAAUGCAGUGCAGGUUUUUAUUGUGACACUCUUGGUCUUACAUCACCAACCAAGCAAUGUGAUGCAUCCUACUACUGCAGAUCUGGGGUAAAUGUUAGUGACCCCGGGACUGCCCCCAGCUCAGGGGACGGGGGUUUAUGUCCACCUGGGUAUUAUUGUCUUCAGGGAACGGGGGAACCUGUGGGUUGCGACGAGGGAACUUUCUCUGAUAAGAUUGGAGCAAGCACACCUGGCGAUUGUGACAGCUGUACAGUUGGUCAAUUUUGCUCGGAAAGGAAUCUUACAUCACCUAAUGGAAACUGCACAGCUGGAUUCUUCUGCUCUGGUGGUUCAGCUACCCCUACACCAACAGGUAUUGGUGGAAAUGUAUGUUCAUACGGCAAAUACUGCCCUGAAGGGACAGUGGUUGAGUUAGACUGUCCACCUGGAGGUUACAGCAACACUACAGGGUUACCUGCAUGUACACCUUGUCAAGAAGGCUUCUAUUGUCCUGGUGCUACCAUAGAUUACUCACAAAAUCCAUGCAUGCCUGGGUAUUACUGCCCUACAGGCACAGCAAGCUACAUAGAUACCCCAUGUCCACCUGGUUCCUAUGGUACUGUACCACAAGCAUCAUCUAUAGAUAUGUGUUCACCAUGUGAUCCUGGCAUGUAUUGUGUGGGGAAUGGUUCCACUACCCCAACUGCACAAUGUGACCCAGGUUAUUACUGCGUCGUCAACGCCACCACCCCCAAACCAAGCGGUAUGAUGAAUGUAACGGGUGUCGACUCAUGUUUAUGCCCCGCUACUGACACAGGGGGUCGUUGCCCCAUUGGAUAUUUCUGCACGGCAGGUUCACCUGCGCCAGAACCCUGCACUGGAGGUUACUACUGCGAAACAGAAGGUCUAGAUGCUCCUACAGCCAAAUGCUUUGCUGGUUAUUACUGCAACAGCAGUGCUACCAGACCAGACCCUGUUGAUGGUUUUACUGGUGGUGUGUGUACUGAGGGCCAUUGGUGUGAUGAAGGAACUGCCAACCCUAAACCAUGCCCAGCAGGCACUUAUAACAACGGGACGUUCCUUAAAUCUCAAUCUGAAUGCUCACAAUGCACUGGUGGUUACUACUGUCCUGAUGCUGGGCAAGUUACAGUCACAGAAGAAUGCCCAGAAGGCCACUUCUGUCCCUCCGGUUCAAGCAAUGGCACCAGCAACCCAUGCCAACCUGGUUUUUACUGUCCAGCUGGUUCACCAGAUCAAGUAAUUUGUAACUCAGGUUACUACCAAGAUGAAAUGCAAGCUAUAGAUUGCAAACAAUGCCUUGAAGGUUACUACUGUGACAAUAGCAUUGCUGCAAUCCCAGAUUACAGUACCUAUCCUUGUCCUAUGGGUAGUUAUUGCCCCAAUGGUACCACAUUUUCCACACAAUAUCUAUGCCAACCUGGUACCUAUGGUAGCCAAGAGAAAAGGGUUUCUGCAGAUCAAUGUGAUGACUGCCCACCUGGCAAAUAUUGUCCUCUUUUGGGAAUGGUAUCUUCGGAUGUUACACCAUCUUCCCCCACCUACGAUUGUGCAGCUGGUUAUCUUUGUAUAUCUGGUGCUUCAGUUGCUACACCUAAUGAUACAGUCACUGGUAAACCAUGCGACGCUGGCUAUUACUGCAAAGAAGGUGCAAUAUCUCCUACUUCAUGCAAAGAAGGGACAUUCAACAAUCAAACCGGACAAGGAUUUUCAACCGCAUGUGUAGACUGCACACCGGGUUAUUAUUGUGAUCAAAAAGCUUUGGUUAAUCCGUCUGCAAAAUGCAGUGCUGGCUACUACUGUCCUGGUGGUGAUGAAAUACCUACGCCUGCAAACCAGAACUGUACAGUAGGUCACUACUGCCCUGAAGGAACAGCAAACCCCAUUCCAUGCCCUGAUGGAAGAUACAUGCUUGAUAGACAGGCUGAGAUAUGUUUAGACUGCCCAGCUGGUACUUACUGUGUGGAUGGUAUUAAUACACUCCCAUGCCCUAUUGGUUAUUUCUGCCCAAAUGGGACAGGCUAUCCGUGGCCUGCCUGCCCACCUGGCAGCUUUGGACAAGCUGGUAGCUUACAAAAGAUUGACGAUUGCGAGGCAUGCCCUGCAGGAAAAUAUUGCGAGGAAUAUAAUGCAACAACAUAUACUGGUCCAUGUGAAGCGACUUAUUUUUGUAAAAAUGGAAGUUCCUCAGCUACACCUGAUGGGAGCGACGGUAUCAAUGGUCCGUGCUCUCCUGGUCACUAUUGUCCAGCGGGUGUCACUGUGGAGCAGGAUUGUCCACCAGGAACAUUUUCAAACAAAAGUGGCCUCGCUGUUGCUUCUGAAUGUUCUGGCUGUCCUGCCGGUAAAUUCUGCAGCGGUGGAAAAGAUGCCCCAGAUGGUGACUGUGCAGGGGGUUAUUACUGUGUUGUGAAUUCCACACAAGAAAAACCACCAGUAACAGAUAACACAGGUGGUCCAUGCCCAUCUGGUUUCCAAUGCCCAGUAGGAUCUGCCAACCCAGAAGCUUGCAGAAUUGGAACUUAUAAUAACCAACCUGGACUGCAAGAGUGCUACACCUGCCCUGCAGGCUACUUCUGUCCUGAAAAUGCGACAGACUAUAUCAACAACGAGUGUCCACCUGGUUAUUUCUGCCCUAAUGGAACUGGGGGUCCAUAUGAUCACCCAUGCCCUAUUGGUACAUUCAACAAUGCUAGUGGUGGACAGGAUUUAAGGGACUGUGCACCUUGUAAACCAGGUUAUUAUUGCGAAACUGUUGGUCUACGUGAACCCAAUGCUCUAUGUUCAGAGGGCUGGUAUUGCACGUUAUGUUCAUGGUCUCCCACCCCUACUAACUCCACCCCUAUAACUGUAAGCGACACUUCAUGCCUUUGUCCUGUACAAAGUGACGUCAACUCAACAGGAGGUCGAUGCCAACCUGGAAGUUUCUGCCCAACAGGGUCAUACGAACCAACACCGUGCACGCCAGGAGAAUAUUGUGAAACUGCUGGUCUUGGUAGCAUGACCAGUGGACCGUGUCAAGCAGGUUUCUAUUGUCUUGGUGGUGCGAGCUCUCCCACCCCCUCUGAUGGUGUAACUGGUGAUGUGUGUCCCAUUGGACAUUACUGUGAGUCAGGUAGCAAAGAUAAAACACCUUGUGCUCCUGGUACCUUCAGUAACCUUACUGAGAAUCAGAACCAACAAAGAUAUUACACCUUGUGCUCCUGGUACCUUCAGUAA